AUGCAGAAUAAAAAUGGUGAAAUCAAUACUAAUUACGUUGAAGUCGUUCCUCGUAGAGUGGAGGUCAUUUACACAAGAAAAACUAGAGAACGAAAAAUAUAUAUGGACGAAUUGAAAGAAGUUCGCAAGCGACGACACAAGCGGUUCAUUCGGAGAAUUGUAGAUUCAAUUGGCCCCAGCUGGUAUUACGAACUUAGUGAGCCUCAAAGGCGAGCUUUAGAUACAUUAGAAUUUUCUAUAUAUCAAGACGUAUUAGAAGGCCGCCCAUCAAAAACGGAGCAAGUAAUACGUAAAUUAGGCUUACAUCCUCGACCAUAUUCCGAAGAUGUCAUGUACUGUGUAUAUACUGGCCGAAAAGAUCCCAAACAAAUGCUCGCAAAUUUAUUUGGCCUAAUGUACGGUCACUCUAUAGAGGGUAAACGUGCCGACUACAACCUAAAUGCGAAAUUGUUACUAUCUGCAAUUCUUUAUUUAGGUCGACAAAAUUUAAUAAAUUUGUUACAAAACAAAUUUCACGUCGAACCGGAACAACCUAAAGAACCUAAGCCUGAAGUUAAAAUUAAAUCCGUACAAAAAUCUCCGUAUCUAGAGGAAAUGAUUGCAGUUUUGUAUAAACCGCCCACACCAAAGCCACAACGGCCGCCACCAUUACCAAAUUUUGACUCGUUCAAUGAACCUUAUGAAGAGGAACCAAUCAUACGUAAGCCACCUCCUUUACCUCCACCUCCGCCACCGCCAAAAAAAAGGUUACCUCGAUCCUAUUGCGACAAAUUGGCUGGUAUAAUGUCAAUAGAACCUAAGACCUCUAUUGAUAAGCUAUCAAUGAAACCUAUAGCAAAUACUAAUAACAAUAAAAGGACAAGAAGUUCAAAAAUAAGUAUCCUCGAAGACAGAAGAAGAUCAUACGGCAUAGGCACGUCAGUAUCUAAAAAAGUUAGGCGUAAAAAACCAGUAGCACCCACAACGGGUAUGAAAAAUGCACAAUAUUUAAUACAAGGUGUCUAUACUGUGAAUGGUAAAACAGUGUUUGUUCUUGGUAACGUUUCUUUACUGCCACCUGAUGGGGAUAUGAUACAUGGCGGUUAUACGUACGUGAACGGUGAAUGCAUUAACAUACAUUGCGGGUACCGCGGCCGCCCUCCCCCGCCAAAACCCGACCCUUGCGAUUGCGUUACAAAAUGGCAAGAUUCUGUGUUCAAAUACAUUGAAGAUACCAAAUGCUAUUGCGAUCAUUACUACGACUUUGGAAAUGAAGGCGCCUUCAUGCCUGACGAAUUACCUUACUUUGAAAAACCCACCCGAAACGCACCUUUUCGUUUCAAUUAUGACACAAUUUACAACUUGGAUGAUAAACAACUUCACGUACAAAAAGAAUUUAGAAAAUUAUGGGGCACUGACAGUAUGUUACGUUGUAAUCAGGACAGUAAUGAAGAUAAAAAAGAUAAAAGGACAAAAUCAAAAACAAAGAAACAUUCUGCAACGUCCCUUAACGAGAAAGUUAAGCCUGAAGAAUAUCUAAGAAGCGCACUUCGAACGAUGAGACGUGAGAAUGUAGCGGCGAGAUUACCAGAUAUACACUUAGUGCCCGAACUAAAGGAGUGGAUGCGGCAUCGUAUCCACGGUCCCUAUACUCCGAAGGAGAGAUCGCGCAUUCUACACAAGAGCAUUAACGAUUGGCAAAAGUUUUGGACCCUUUCACUGAAAGGUUAUGGUCACGUCUACCCCAGCAAAGAUUCGAAAUACACUGGGCAUACCAAUUGGGUACAUAAACACGAACUAAACCAAAACUUCCGAAAAUAUACCCAUAAGUACAAGUUGGAGUUAUUUAAAUCUUUUGCAAAAUUUAAUAAUAUGCUGUGGCCUACAAUGUGCCAAGCUCAAUUUCCCGAUAAGAAAUUUCGUGAAAUUUAUUAUUCUUAUCUCUACGGAAGGGUUGAGGAUUUGGUUUUAAUACAUCCGUACAGUGUAACCGAAACAGCAGAACGUAAAAGAAAUUUGGAAAAUAAACGAUACAGUUGUUUGCGGGCAAUUGAGCGUACAGAGUAA